CUGCGUCCUGUUACCUCUGGCACACAAAUUUAUAACUCCUUCCUAUCUCUGAAGUUCAGAAUACCUUUUUCAUUUGUUUGUGGCUGAGCCUCGAAUCCUCCAUCUGCUGAGGAAAGGCUUAGUCCACAAAGGCUCACAAUUCACAAACAAGUUGCAACAUGGCUGUGCACAAGGAUCUUGAUCAACCUUUGCUAGCUUCUAGCAACCCAUCACCACCACCACAACCUUCGUUUACUCGAUCAUUCAGCUCAAAGCACGAAUCAGAUGGUGAACUUGAACGAAUACUCUCAGACACGAGUGUCCCUUUUAUUCGGCGUCUUGGACCGGCUACAUGGGUUGAGCUCAAGCUACUCUUUUUCCUUGCUGCUCCUGCUGUUAUCGUGUAUCUUAUCAACUAUGUCAUGUCUAUGUCCACUCAAAUCUUUUCAGGCCAUCUUGGUAACCUUGAACUUGCUGCUGCUUCACUCGGAAACACUGGCAUCCAAGUCUUCGCUUAUGGCCUCAUGUUGGGUAUGGGAAGUGCUGUUGAGACGCUAUGUGGACAAGCAUUUGGUGCAAGAAAGUUUGAGAUGUUAGGCAUAUACUUGCAAAGAUCAACAGUUCUUCUUACAAUGGCUGGUGUUGUUUUGAGUUUCAUAUAUGUCUUCUCCAAACCAAUUUUGAUCUUUCUUGGGCAGUCUCCAAGAAUUGCAUCAGCAGCUGCAAUUUUUGUAUAUGGCCUAAUUCCUCAAAUAUUUGCCUAUGCUGUGAACUUCCCAAUUCAGAAGUUUCUUCAAGCUCAGAGCAUAGUGGCUCCGAGUGCAUAUAUAUCAGCAGCAACAUUAGUGAUCCAUCUUGUGUUAAGUUGGGUGGCUGUGUACCAAGUUGGGCUUGGUUUAUUGGGUGCAUCAUUGGUGUUGAGCUUGUCAUGGUGGAUCAUUGUGAUUGCACAGUUUGUUUAUAUUGUGAAGAGUGAAAGGUGUAAGGAAACAUGGCGAGGGUUCAGUAUGCAAGCUUUUACAGGGUUGCCAGAGUUCUUCAAGUUGUCAGCAGCAUCAGCAGUGAUGCUGUGCCUAGAGACAUGGUAUUUUCAAAUUCUGGUUUUGCUUGCAGGGUUGCUUCCUCAUCCUGAGUUGGCUCUUGAUUCCCUUUCUAUUUGUACCACAGUAUCUGGAUGGGUGUUCAUGAUCUCGGUUGGAUUUAACGCAGCUGCAAGUGUGAGAGUGAGCAACGAACUAGGAGCAAGAAAUCCAAAAUCAGCAUCGUUUUCGGUGGUGGUGGUGACAUUGAUUUCUUUCAUAAUAUCGGUGAUUAUAGCACUAGUGGUGCUUGCAUUACGGGAUGUGAUUAGUUAUGUCUUCACAGAGGGUGAAGAAGUAGCUGCAGCUGUCUCAGAUCUUUGCCCCCUCCUAGCUCUUGCCAUUGUCCUCAACGGCAUUCAACCUGUCUUAUCUGGGGUGGCCGUUGGAUGUGGAUGGCAAACUUUUGUGGCGUAUGUAAACGUUGGUUGUUAUUAUGGAAUUGGCAUCCCAUUGGGUGCGGUUCUCGGUUUCUAUUUCAAACUCGGUGCUAAGGGCAUAUGGGUGGGAAUGUUAGGUGGCACGGUUUUGCAAACAAUUAUUUUGGUUUGGAUCACAUUUCGAACGGAUUGGAAUAAAGAGGUUGAAGAAGCAGCUAAGAGGUUGACCAAAUGGGAGGACAACAAGGAGCCACUUCUCAAGAAUUGAAGCACUUCGUUUCCCAAUGUGGCUAGGUCCAUAACUCCAUAAAAUACUAUACCUACUACUUAAAUAAUAAAUAAAUGGACUCACUUAAAGGUGUUUACAACCAUUUUCUUAAUAAAUAAGACGUAAAUGCAAUUUGUGAGUCUAUUUGUUUCUAAUUUAAGUGAUGGUAUAUGUACUGGUCAGUGCAAAUUUAUCCCAACUCAGGCUCCAAGGAUUUGAUGAAUUUUUACUUUUAAGCUUAUUCAAGUCUUUUGUUUUAGGUAAGUUUUAACGUUGGCUAGAUUAUUAGUUUUGUUUUUUAUUUUAUUUUUCAUAUAUUUAUAUUAUUGUAACGUAACUGAAAAGUGAAAAUAAAGUUGAUUUGUUUAACUGUUUUUAAAAAUUAUAAAAAAAAGUUUAACUUUUUUUUUUUA